UCUGUCUCGCUCGCUCGCUCACCGGCACCGGACAUAGGACUCUGCCCAAUCGCUGUCGGCACCGUGCCCCCCCCCUCAUCUCCUCCAUCCUCCGCCUCCUCGCAAACAAGAUCCCAGCAUGUCCGGCGAACAAGAAGCCGCUAUCUUCACGGCCCCUCACUAUUCCGCCCGUCCCGAGAGCCGUCCCGAGCAUAUCCACAACAUUGUCGAGACCGUCGAUAGAUACAACCCCGACAACAUCCCCGUCCUCCAGGAGUACAUCCAGGAGCAGAUCGCCAACGACACCUACGACCGCGACGCCUGCCUCGCUACCCUGAAGCUGUACCAGUUCAACCCCACCUUGGUCGACUCGAGCAGCAUCAUCCGCGUCUUGCUGCUUGCCCUGGGCGCCCUCCCCGAUCCGGACUUUUCGCUGUGUCUGUGCCUCCUGAGCGAGGAGACCUACACCGACUCGAACGUGGCCAAGCUCAUCGAGCUCCAGCAGUACCUGGAGCAGUGCAAAUUCCAACAGUUCUGGAGCUUCCUGGACUCGGACGACGGACCCCGCGAUCUCCUGACCGAGUACCCGCACUUUGAGCGCCGCAUCCGUGAGUUUGUCUCGGACACGGUGGCGAUCACGUACCAGUCUAUCCAGGUCGACAAGCUCAAGAGCUUCCUGUCAUUCGAGGAGCGAGGCGAGUUUGAAGCCUGGGCCGAGGCUCACGGCUGGGCCGUCGACGAGAGCGAUGCCUCGGUGAUCAACCUGCCCGUCUCCAAAGACAACCAGCCCAAGCCUGCGAUCGUCCAAGAGUCGCUAAAGUUUGAUCAGCUCACAAAGGUUGUUGGCUACGGCCGCCUGGCCUGAAGCACUUGUUUGACAACGGAAGGAGCGACGGUGCCCGAAACAAAGGGAGGGGGAGGGUAUGGGCAGUGAAAAUCAGCAAAGGAGGGAAGCUGGGAGCCAAGGGAUGCUGUUGGUAUUGCUUUUUGUUGUUGGUGUUGGUGGUGAUGUUGAUGUUGGUGUUGGUGUUGAUCCCUGUCUGCUGUUACUCGUUUGGAGAGGAACCCUGUCCGGCUGUCCAAGUAUGGUGCGUCAUGCCCAGACACAGCUUCACCGCUUUGGAGGAAAGUAGGAGGAGGGGGAGAGCGCCCGUCAAGACGAUCCUGGGCUGUGUUGCCUCUCUUUCCUGUUUGAUGCUCCCGCUCUCGUUGUCUCUCCUGGAACCUUGCCCUUUGAUGUUUUUCACAAUCUCGCGGUGAUGAGCCAGAGUAGAGAUAUGCAUGAAAUAUAUGCACGCCAUGUUUGCAAA